AUGGGUCGUUAUAGUGUUAAAAGAUACAAAACUAAACGUAGAACCAAAGAUUUAGACUUAAUCUAUGAUGAUUUAUCGUCAAAGGAAAAAAUCAGUGCAUUAUUAAAUCAACCAUUAGAUGAAACUAAACCUGGGUUAGGCCAGCACUAUUGUAUACAUUGUGCCAAAUACUUUGAGACGGGAUUCGCUUUAAAGACUCAUUUGAGAUCAAAAGUACACAAAAGAAGAAUUAAAGAUCUAAAAGAAAUGCCAUAUACUCAAGAAGUGGCUGAUGCCGCUGCAGGUUAUAACUUAGAUAAAUUUAUAAAAAGGGUUGAACAAAUUAAAAAUGUUAUUGAUCCAAAUAAACAAUCUAAUGAAACAGAAUUGAAAAAUCAUUUGGACUCAAAAUUAGAAAAUAUUAGCACAACUGAACCAACUUUACCGCAAGAUUUCUUAGAUCAACAAGUUAAUUCUGUACAGAACCCACAACAACAAUAA